GCGCCGCGGUGUUCACGUGACUUUGGGGCGCAGAUGUGGGGCACUAGUCUCGGUGCCUGUUCUCUCCUCUGCGGUCGCGUCCAGCAGCCUUCUGCUCCAGUCUUUUGGGUAAUUGUUGUUCAAGUUUCUUUCAGGUCUGCGCGCCUGUGGGUCCCAGCACUCUGCAGGGCCUGAAAAGGAGCAGCGACCUGUCCAGAAUCCCUGCAGGACAAGAGAAGGAGGUGAAAUCUCAACAUGGCAAAAAACUGCAAUAGAAAUGAAGGAAUGCCUUUGAAUCAAGGAGAGUUGGAAAAUGAAGAACAGCCACAAGGUGAGGGAAAGCCAGAAGCAGUUUGUACUCCAGAAGACAAGGAAAAGUUAGAAAAUGAUGUAAAGACACAGAACAGGGGAAAUAGAGAAAAUGUGGAAAUGCUGAAGGAUAAGGGAAAGCCAGAGAGUGAGGGAAAGGCAGAAGAAAAGCCAGAGAAAGAGGGAAAUCCAGAAAGUGAGGGAAAGUCAAAGAGCGAGGGAAAGCCAGAGAGUGAAACAAGAGCUGCUGUGAAGCGUCCAGCUGAGGAUGAUGUACCCAGGAAAGCCAAAAGAAAAACCAACAAGGGGCUGGCUCAGUACCUCAAGGAGUAUAAAGAGGCUGGACCUGAUAAGAAUUUCAGCAAUGAGGACAUGAUAAGAGAAUUUGACAAUAUGGCUAGGGUGGAGGAUGACUCUAGAAAAAGCAGACAAAAAUUAGGGGGGUUUUUGUGGAUGCAAAGAAAUUUACAGGACCCCUUUUACCCAAGGGGGCCAAGGGAAUUCAGGGGUGGCUGCAGGGCCCCAAGAAGGGACACUGAAGACAUCCCUUAUGUGUAGUGGCCCUGGUAGGCAUUUGCCAGGCCCUGCGCUUUAAUCUUAUGCUAAUAGUUUGUUUUAGAUAUCCCUCCUGUUACCAUCAGCCUUUUGACCCAGCUGCAACUCUCUAUGUUUCAAGUAGCGAAUUUUUCAUCCAUUGCACAAAAAAUAUGUUCAUAGUGCAUUGUAAAAUUUAAAAAAAAAUUGUAGAAACAAACAUAUGGCAUUGGUCCAUUUUUGUAAAGCUACAAAGAUAAUUUACUUAGCGAUCCAUGUAUAGAAAAUAACUGAAAGCUCUGUCCACUAAAAGAUUAACAAUAGCUAUCUAUGGGUAAUCUUUCCUUACAUUCUUUUUUGUUCAUCUGUCAUUUUCUCCUAAAAAGCGCAGAAUACUUUUGUUAUAAAAAUACUGAAAGGUAAAAUAUAGGAAAGCAAUACAUAAGCGAAAGAAUGGUCCAACAAGCUUAUAAAGCUUGUCAGGACUAAAAUGAUAGAAGUCACAUUACUUCUGGGACUUGAAACGGAAAGAAUCACUACAGAUCCAUUGCUGUAAGGGACAGCUUUGUCAUCUGUAAAGUAGAGAUAAAAUUUGUCUUCCAGAGCUGUGGAAAAGCUCAAAUGAGGUGCUGAGUGUGUGCACUGUGUUGGACCGGCUCCUACCUACCCUUGCACUAAUAAAACCAGUGCCCAACCAGACUCUUAGUGGAGAGCUGAGGAAAGUCUCACCUGGACCCAGAAGUAAGUCCAGACAGCUGAGAGGUGGGUGCCACCCUCCCUUGGGUAAUGCCAUGUUUGCUGGGCAUUGUGCCUCUUUUCAUGGAUCAAGCACCCUCCUGAUCAUGCAGCACCUGCUGCAACUGGUGGGCUGAAGAUCAGGACAGAUUAAGACAACAUUAUAUCCCAGCAGAAAGGGGAGAAUUCCUCUCUACCUGCAAUAGAUUUACCCUUGCAUUGUUUGGUAGUACCCAGUUGUCACUUGGGCCUCAAAACUUUAUGAAGUUUUUACAAAAAAAACCAUGCUUUUUAUUGAUUUUAGAAUGCUUUUACAUGUUGCUAUCUCCACCAGAUGUAGAUACUGAAGACUGAGCCAGGAGAAUAUUUUGAGUGAUCAUGUGCUGUGCUGUUCUCAUUUGCUAAUCUGUCUGCUGACACUUUUUCUUAGAAAUUGUCUCCCAGGAAAUUCCCAUGAGGCCCUGUCUGCAUUGCCAUCUCUACCUAUGUUAUUUUUCUCCCUGGCUCUUCCAUUUGCUUAUUUGUUUU